AUUUUCUUUUGUUUAAUUAGCCAUCUUUUAAUUAUAAAAUUAAAUUAAUUAUAAUAGUUAAAUAUGGGCACCGGUAUUCGAUACGAAGAUAUUUACGCAACAUGGACCUUGGCGCAAACUCUGACGGCCGCUGGUUCUAUCUCUGUACUUUAUUUAUUAAUCGUAAUCAAAUUCUUGCCGAGUUACAUGAAAAAUAGAAAACCGUACAAUUUGAAGUCAAUUAUUUUCUUAUACAAUGUUGUUCAAGUUUUACUAUCCGCAUACAAUUUCUACUUGUUUGUCGCUCAUACGUUACAAUACGGCCUAUUCCCGAGCAAAUGUUGGUAUGAGGCAAAUAUGCCGAUGAUGAAAUCAAUAUUGGAACCUAUCAUGUGGUACUUCAUAGCGAAGCAUUUAGAUUUAUUAGAUACGAUAUUCUUCGUUCUUCGCAAGAAAUUCAAUCAAGUGACCUUCCUUCACGUGUACCAUCAUUUCGUGAUGGCGACUUGGGGCUGGAUUUACUACAUAUAUUUUCCUACAGACAUUUAUCUGUUCGUUGCAAUGAUAAAUUGCUUCGUUCAUGUGAUAAUGUACACAUAUUACGCAUUGGCAUGCCUAGGACCGGAGUACGCUAAGUACAUUUGGUGGAAAAAAUAUCUUACGACCCUACAAUUGACACAAUUUCUUCUGAUCAUCUGUUACCUUGUAUAUCAGAAUAAAACGUCGCCGUGCUCUUCCUCGGAUCUACGGCAUUGGUACGGGGUCGGCAGUAUUGCUAUAUUUUUUAUACUGUUCAUGAACUUUUAUAUUAGAAGUUACUUCACAAAGAAAAUAGCAAAAGAUAAAUAAAUUAUUCAGGGAAAUGUAAAUUGUUAAUUAGUAAAAGUUUUGAUUAAACGUAUGUGUAAAAUGAA